AUGCCGGUCUUCUCGCGCAAACCGAUCGGCGAUGCGUUCGGCUCAUCCGGCGGCGGCUCACGGAAUCAGCCCCUCAACUCGCGACUCAGUCUAGCGCUCAAACGACGACCUUUCCUCUUCUUUGGCUUGCCAUUCAUAUCUGUCAUGGCCGGUGCCUCUGUAGCCCUGUCUUACAUCGCCCAGACCAAAUUCGACUACGACGCAUCCAAAGUGCAGAGCAUCUCCAAAUCGGAAGAAUUGAAAAUGAGAAAGGAUAGGAAAAAGAUCGAUAUCAGGGAAGAGUAUUUCAAAUUGGAAUCGGAUCCAAAUCGAUCUGCGGCGCUUGACGACUGGGAGCCCAAGCGCGUGGAGAGGCCGCCGGGUGUGCCCGAAUGGGGUAUCCCUGCAGACGCAUCUCCCUCUUUGCCUCCCAAGCGAAAAGGCUGGUUCUCCUCCUGGGCCAGCAACAAGGAGGUGCACGCUGAUGGUGGCGCUCUUCCGCGCCUCGACGAAGCGGGUGAAGAAGCUUCGAGUGCGAAUGCAAGCGCCCGGAAACCUGGUGUUAUAUUGGGGCCGGAUGGUAAACCGUGCAGAGCUUGCAAUUCCAAAUUGGCUUUCUCUGCCGCUAUGAGAGGCACUGAGAAGGGUGGCGUUGCUAGGUCGAGCACAUCGCAAUCCAGCUCGACCCCUUCCAAGGCGGCUGCCGCGAGUGCAGGUGCGGGUACGAGCGCUGCCGCAGUCGCUGCCACUCAGUCAAGCAGCGAGCAGCACACACAGCACUGUCCCCCGGAUGGCGAAGAGAUUGGCAGAUCGACGUGGCUGUUCCUGCACAGCGCUGCAGCAUACUACCCGGAAGAACCCACGUCCAUUCAAAAGUCUGCAAUGCUAUCCCUACUUCGGUCUUUGCCACAUCUUUAUCCCUGUCACUCAUGCGCUGCAGCGCUCGGAGAAGAGUACGAGCGCGAGAAGAGGGAAGGAACAUGCUGGAAUGCAAGAGGCGGAGGGCAAGCGGACAUCUUGGAGCAGGCUGUUGGGAAGGGGCAGACGCUUCGACGUUGGUUGUGUGGAAUACACAACGAAGUCAAUGAGAGGCUGGGCAAGCCUGUGUGGGAGUGCAGGGAGGAGGUGUUGCAAGAGAGGUGGAGGGAUGGACCGCGAGACGAUAGCUGCGAUUGA